AAUCACACACUUCCAGCCCGACCAUCAUCCUUGGACCACCUGCCGUCGUGGGUCCUCGGUCCAGCAAUCUCGUCGUCGAAUCUCGCACCCAGGCAUCGAUUGCCGGAAGGCAAUUUCGUUGAGCUUCCUGUCUGCCCAGUUUCCGUUUCUGUGAAGAAUGGCGUCAGCGAAGGCAAUGUCCAUCACGAUCCUGUUGGCCGUGGCGACGACUAGUAUGAUAGCUGCACGAAAUAUACCCGAGUUCCUGCAUAUUUGCCAAACGCGCGAUCCGCGUUACGAGACAUGUGUCAGCGAGAGCAUAGAGUAUUUGAAGCCGUACCUUAAGAGUGGCGUACCGGAGUACAAUAUUCCGUCGUUGGAACCUCUUAAGCUAAAAAAAUUAACCUUUACUCCGACGAGCAGUAUACGAGUAGAGGCAGCCGAUAUCGAUGCAUACGGUGCCAGCAAUUUUGAAGCCAAAAAAGCAAAGUUAAUAAUUUUACAUUCGACUUAUUCAUCUUGUAAAAUCUCGGUCAACUUUCCAGGCGCAUGUAAAAUACAGCUUGCGAAAUAUCUUGACGAGAACGGCGAUGAGAAGCUGCGUAUCAUGGACUUCAGGAUGAAAGUCUCAGUGGGCAACGGUACGCUGAAGCUGGACAAUCUGUUUGGCGGCGAACGAGCCCUCGGAGACAUCGUCAAUUCGGCUAUCAACAACAAUUUCGAUCUCUUCUUGAAGGAGCUUUUGCCGAUCGUGGAAAAAGCGCUGUCCGACGCGUUCCAGCAUAUCGCCGGCAAUAUCAUUCAACAGUUCACAUUCUCCCAACUGUUCCCCGGCGCAUAGUGAUCUACGCGGUGAUCCAGAUUAAUCGGACGGGCUGGAAAAUGUAUAAAUUAAAUUUCACGAUUCUAUUGCGAAAUGAGCAAUAGAACGAAUUAGAAUUUAGUACCACUUUCCGCUGAAUCUUCUUUGCUCAACUGAGAUUCACAUCGUUUAACUUGUUAAGUUUGUUGAAAUUUUAUAAAACGAAUGUAAACUCGGCCUAAUCGCGACUAAACCGAAAUUUAAUUUUGAUAGAAAACAGAAGUUGAAAGAAUUAGAUCGAGAUCAUGGAACGAUCUUGGUAUUAUUUCAAUUCUGAUCGAUUUUGAUAGAAAACUUUAAUAAUUUAUGAUAUAUCUGUUACAAUUAAUUAGCUGAAUACUUGUGCAAUACUGUAGCUCUUAAAAAGAGUAACAAUACAUUUCAAAAAAUUUUAAAACAGAACGAAGAAAUAUAUUUUUAAAAAUACUUGUGAAUUUUGUCAAAAGUUCAAAUAAACAUUUUUAACAUUGUUAAUUUUAUCAGGUAAAACCUUUCGAAUCUGCAAUUUUUGAAUUAAUUACUAUAUUAUUAUUAAAUUAUUAUUAUUAUUAUUUUGUAAUUAAUUAUUAUUAAUUACAAAAAAUGUAUAAGUCACUAACAAAGCACCUAGAAUUAGAUGGAAAAUUCUUGAUUGACGAAAAUCAAGUACUUCUCUACAAAGUUGUCAAUACAGCACUAUAUAGCAAAAAUUUUUUUUUUUUUCAAUUCCGAUUCUUUCAUUAUUGACUCGACGCAGUUGAAAGCUUGGAACGAGUAUCAAGAUAAAAAAAUCGAUUAUCAAUGCACACAGCAAACAGCAUUUUGUGCAAAGCAAGUUUAAUUUACUUACUAACAAGGAAUUAGUAAUCUGUAAAAUCAUUACAAUUACGCAUUAUGUCCUUGUAACUAUAAUCUUGUAAUAACAGUGUAUACAAGUGUACAUCGAUACCUGCGAAUUCAAUGCGUUACGAAUCGUUGAAUAAAGUUUUUUAACUUAAUAUCUGUUAAA